GUGAAGUCAGCCGUCUGCCUGGCACAGAUGUGUGUUGGUGUACUUCCAGCUGUUGUUUGAGAUUCAUCAUUUUCUGGACCAAUGGUCUGGUCUGGUCUGGUCUGGUCUGGUCUGGAGGAUCCUCCCUCCAGCCUGUGAGGUCAUAACACUUUUAAUUAGACUGGAUCCACCAAUUAACGGGAAGUCAGCUGGUCUCUCUCAGCCUUUUAAAAGCAGCCGAGUCAAACAUCCAGCAGUGUUCUAACAGGCUCAAAGAAGAAGGAUGUCUUCCACUGUACUUUGUGCUGUUAUUUUGCUUGUGUGUGCCUUGACAUGUAGUGCUGCUCAGGCAGGCUGUAAAAGUCGAUGUGGUGGUGAGUACUACAGGGGCUCCAUGUGUCAGUGUGAUUACAACUGCCUGUCUUAUGGAGAGUGCUGCAAAGACUUCGAAUCUCAAUGCACCACAAAAAACUCAUGUAAAGGACGAUGUGGAGAAAGCUUCAAAAGAGGCCGGCUGUGUAGCUGCGACUCUGACUGCUCUAAAUUCAAGCAGUGUUGUUCAGAUCACAAACUCCACUGUGACGCAGAGGAGCCGACUCUGAAUGAAGCAACAGAGCCUUCUCUAUUCAGCGAGGGAAACGACGAAGAUAUGAACAACCAGAUGUUUCCCAAUGACGAGUUUACCAAGUAUGAAGUGGAGGACCCGGAGGACAGUCCAAUACCAGAGAGCACCAGUGACUACGGAUGGGAUACAGCUGACCCUCUGGAUCCCAUUCCUACUGAACCCAUUCCUACUGAACCCAUCCAGGAUCCAGAUACUCUGGAGUUCGGUACAGAGACAUUUACAGUCUUCCCUCAGACACAAACAACUAUCUCAGACAACAAACCAACACAGACUGAUGACAACCCCUCCACACGUUACCCCACCAUUGAGGAGGCCCCCACUGAGAGCACAAUUGCCAUAGAUCCGACCAGCUCAUCCGACCCGGGAACAACUCUCCCUCAGCCCACAACAGCAGCUGACCAUGUCUCCAACCAGCCUACUCCAACCUCAGUACCACAAACAGAGUAUUCUCCCACAGCCAACACCCCAGAGCUUGAGACAGCAGAAGAACAGCUUGAGGAUGACAUUCUUUCUGUGGAUCCGACUGCAGGCCCCUCUGCUGAACCAGAGGUAACAACCCAAUCAGAAACAGCCUCCACAGGACCCACACAGGCCUCCUCCACAGUCCCAGAAAGCUCUCAGGUCACUACCAUCCCGGCCUCAACACUGGACCCGACAACCAUCCCUGAGGCAACCACUUCAAACGAACCGGAUGUCACUACAGGCCCUUCAUCUUCUCCGGCAGACCUUGAAGAUCCUCCACCCAGUGCUUCUCCAGAGGGGAACGGGGACUUGCCAGAGCUUGAUGCCCUGACGACCCACAUUCCCUCAUCCACAGAUGCAGUGCAGCCUGACACUACAGAGGAAGUGACACCAGGAAUAACCACUGCUCAUCCACUCAAUGUCACUCCAGACCCGACCAAACCCGCACCAUCCCAAGUCACCUCAAAACCCCAGGACCAACCAGACCCAUACAAGCCAUCGCCAACUAAACCGACUCUAGUUAAACCCAGCUCCAAACCUGAGACUAAGCCUCUGGACACUGCACAAACUCUCAACACAGGUGACCCUAGAGACUACCAAGCAGAUGACAGAAACGAUACCAAUCUGUGUAGUGGGCGGCCGGUCGGUGCAGUCACCACGCUAAGGAACGGCACAAUGGUGGUUUUUAGAGGUCACUACUUCUGGCUUCUGGACAAAUACAUGGUGCCUGGUCCGGCUCGUGGCAUCACACAAGUGUGGGGCGUCCCUUCCCCAAUCGACACUGCGUUCACCCGCUGCAACUGCCAAGGCAAAACCUAUAUUUUCAAGGGAUCCCAGUACUGGAGAUUUGAAAAUGAUGCGUUGGAUGGCAACUAUCCAAAGGCCAUUGAAGCAGGUUUUGAUGGGCUUCGAGGUCAAAUCACAGCUGCUCUGUCUGUGCCUCAGUUCCAGAGGAGGAGAGAGUCAGUUUACUUCUUUAAGAGAGGGGGAUCGGUGCAGAAAUAUUCAUACCAGUUUGGCACCAGUCAAACAUGUGGCAGGAAAGUCCAGCACGCUGUUUACACCGUCCGCAACCGAAUGGUUCGACAAGCAGUGUCUUUUCUAGAGCCAGUAGUCAACAUCCGAACUUGGAGAGGUUUCCCCUCCACCAUCACAGCUGCUGUGUCCGUGCCGAGCAUCAGAACUCCAGAGAGAUACAAAUACUACGUCUUCUCAAGAUCCACAUCCUACAAUGUGAGGAUGGAUAGUGGACAUCCCAUCAUUCCUGUUCCUAAAGCCAACGCGUCACCUCAGAGCAAAGACUUCUUGAAAUGCUCAGAGAGAGUGUGAGAUGAAGGAAAGUUGUAUCACAUACAGGUUGUCUUACAGCUUUAAAGUUUAUUACAUUAUUCAUAAAACAAACCGCUUCAGCAUGGACUGAAGGUACAAAAUAAGCUAAUCUAAAAUCAGGUGUCUGAAACAAGUGAACAUUACCAUAGAUGAAUAUAGAAUUUGAACAGACUGGAAAACUGGAUGGAAAACUUCGGUCACGAUUCCCAAGUUUUCUGACUGGUGCUUCAUCUCGCGAAUCGUCUCCCAUGCACACCCCGAGAAGGAAAUCCACCUGUUGGGAGAUAAAGUAUUGUUGUUUAAUCACAGCCUUCUAUACUGAUAACAUGUGUAUCAAAUGUAAAACAAUUAGUGUUUCCUCUGUUAUUCUACAUUAAAUUGAAUUAUAACCCACCA